AUUUCCUCUAUGGCCGACCAUCCCGGACCUUUGAUUCUACCCUCGUUACAUCGCUGUUAGGGUGGCCUUGAGCCUGUGGCAAGGCCGCAGUCCGUCUCGUGCUUCAUUCAUUGCCCUGGGACGGUGUGAGACAUCGGUCGCUGCUCACGUUUCGGCAAGACCUCACACGCCUCCCUGGUCUGGAGCACUGACUUUCGGCCCCAGACUGCGACUGGAUCUCCUUGAAUCUACGAUUUACGCCGGCCGUCCACCAACAACAACUGCCCUCCUACGCGCAUCCCAGCCCUUCCCGUUCAUAAAUUGCCAUCGAACUUCGACGAACAUACUGCAUCAACUUUUGUCUCGGCUCAUCUGGAGAGCCUGGUAUCAAGGCUCUCCCAAUUAGUGACCGUUGAUCACUGCUCAGAUAUUCCAUUGUGCUCUAUCAAUCCCGGGCAACCUUCUCCAUGACUGCUGUGGCAUCUCCGCCUAGUGUGCAAUCGGGGUCUCGCUUGGGAUGGUAUAGCACCGGCAACGGAGGACAAGGAGCCCUCUCUUCAGUUAAUGCGGAAGAAGUGUCACGGAUGUUCAUGCCUCCUAAACACGUUCAACGUUCCAACUCUUCGUCCUCAUUGAGCUCAAACUCCUCGACCUCUACGGUCGUGGCUACGAGUGGCUCACAAGAUACCCAAGCUGGACAGACUUUCAAUCCCGAAACUGGUACCUGGUCGUCAAAGAAGAAGCCUAUUCGUAAUCCUUGGCCAAGCUCGAAGGCUGAGCCUGUCGCUGGAGUGACGAACACCCGGUCCCAGGCUGUUCCUGCUUUCUCAUCUGGACCUACGGCAUCGUCAACUAUGUCCGCCAUGCAUCAGCCUUCGAAUAUUGUGCCCUCGCAGCACAUGCUGCAAUCUGGUCAACAGAAUGGUGUUAGACAGACGAACGGGCAGUCUGCAGAACCACCUGCGAUUUUGGCCCUUACACCCAUGAAUGGUACCUUUGAAAAGAAACAGAUUAACGUACCAUUCUACCCGGAAGUGCUGCGAAUUGGCCGUCAAACCAAUGCAAAGACAGUACCUACCCCAGUGAAUGGGUUCUUUGAUUCCAAGGUUCUCUCUCGCCAGCACGCUGAGAUCUGGGCCGACAAGACCGGCAAGAUUUGGAUUCGUGAUGUGAAGUCAUCAAACGGUACAUUUGUCAAUGGUCACCGGUUGUCGCUUGAAAACCGAGAGUCUGAACCACAUGAGCUGCGGGAGAAUGAUACUCUAGAACUGGGGAUUGAUAUCGUCAGUGAAGAUCAAAACACCAUCGUUCAUCACAAAGUUUCAGCAAAGGUUGAGCACGCGGGUCUAUAUGGAACAACACCUAAUAUCCUGGACCUCAACUUCGGAGACUUGGAUCCUGCCUCAGGUGGGGGCCUGCUUCCCUCACCUCUAAGCCAGCCACUCUCUCACCUACGAGGACGCUCCGGUAGCAACGCAAGCAAUCGCAGCGCCCAAAGCAACGCUACUAAUCACAUCAACGCUUUGGCCCAGCAACGCCAAAUGAACUACUGGAACUCCCCCAUCUCUGUCGAACAGGUCGUCAAGAGGGUCACUAGCGAGUUGAAACAAGCCAAGCAACAGUCCCUCGACCUUCGUCAAACUGAUGAAUUCCUGAGCGCGAUCAUUAAGCCUGGUUAUGCUGAGAAGGAAAAGGCUAGCAAGCCUUCUCCUCUUGAGAGCAGUGGCCCUCGUCAGUUAAACGGUCGCCCAAAAAUGCCUCGCGUCGAUUCCUUCUCCAGAUUCUCUGAACCACCUGCUCCUCCUCCCCAGCAACCUCUUCCAGAGAAACCAGAUGCGCCACCACGCGGUGGGCCAGACGGCUUUUCACCCCUGAAGCGCAGCGACACUGAUAAGCCUAAAUCGGCCUCAUCAAACUCCCCUAUCUCUCGUGACUCCAGUCAGAUUCUUGCUCUCAUCGAGAGUCUGACCACAACCAAGCGGGAACUUGAGACACAGGGAACUCGGAUUAAGGAACUUGAAGACCUCCUUCGCCAGGAGAAGGCUGCACGCGAAUCUGCGGAAGAGAAGGUCAAGAAGUUGGAGAUGACAUCUCUGUCAGAGAAGAUGGAGCCUGCGAUCGUCCCGGCAGAGCAUGACACUGCUGCCUCUUCGACCCAGGAAUCCUUGGUUGACCAAGAGCAUGAGGUGCCAGAGACAUCUGUGCAGACGAACGGAUCCAUCCUGCCCUCGGAAGUUCCCACGGCCUCGGAUUCUGAAAAGGCAGAGCUUUCCACCGAGGCGCAACUCCAGCGUCGACUCGAGUCAGUGAUGGAGCAGAUGGACGAGAUGAGCAAGCAGAUGGCUGCUUUCAAGGAGCGUGCAGAGAAAGCCGAUAAUGAGAAUGGCGAGUUGCGCCAGUCGCUGGCGGAGAUGAUUGAGACCAUUCGCAAGGAACGUGCUGAGAAGGCCUCAUCGGCUGUCACCGAUAGCAAAUCCCACACCCAGGCCCAUGAUUCCAGCAAGGUCAUCUCUGGCCAAGCAGGCUUGGUUGAGAAUGGUGCAGCGGGGUCCAAGACGGGCGACUCGUCCGUGGAAUGCUUUGAGUCUGCCUCCAAGAGACCCGAGAUAGAUGUGGCAAGCACAGCGAUUGCACAAUGGCAACGACGUCACUACCUAGAAGAGGCAAGCCCUUAUGCAUCCAUGCUUGGGGUAGUCCUUCUUGGCGUUGGUUUGAUGGCCUAUCUCAACGGCUGGCAAAAGAUGGACAAGUGAAUGUGUCCUAGCAACAUGUUUGCGCUCCUCUUCUUGUACCCCAAUUAACGACCCAUUUUCUUCCCAAAAGUUGGCGCCUUGGUCAAGGUAGCUCCAGCAUGACCUUCCUCCUCCGAUGAUUCUCCUUUUCUCCUCAUGACGACCUGAUUCCUUCCUUGUACUCUGGGCCUCAUCUGCUAUUCGAGGCGCCCCCGACCGCGGGAUCUACCCGUGUUUCCCGGCGUUGGGUUCAGAGCCACCACAUCUAUUGCAUACCUUGCAUACUCCGACUUUCUCUCUUGUCCUUUUCUCGUCAUGUUCUCAUUCCUAGUUCGCACCAGUCAUGAUCUUGGCGCCGAAUAUCCUGAUCGUUACUACCCGGUUUUCUCUCAUCCGUUCUUGUUUUUCGAUGCCCCCUGUCACCAUAUUCAAUGCCCCAUCAGCUAAGCCUACACAGUCCCUUGUCUCCUCUACCUUUUUUUCCUGUCAUUAUUAGCCUCUGUGUUCGCACAUGGGCAUUUAUUUCUUUCCCUGUACAUGAUGGAAACGGGCAAGGCUGUGUUCAUGGCUCGAGGUCCUUCGUUGAUACACCUUUGACUAGGGCUCUUCCUUUUCAAAGCUCCUGUUUUCAUGUCAUACCAGCGCUUUCUUUCUGAAUUUAUUCAAGGGAUUUGUUUUCGAGUCUGCUUCAUUUUAAC